CGCUCCUGACAAAAUAACGUGCGUGGCUGUCCCCACCCCUGGGAGGGGUCGCCGGUGCCGCGAGCUGCCGCCCAGUUUGCAGCGUUUCGCUCGCACGCUCGCUCGCUUUCUCUCUCGCUCCCGGGAAGAUCCGCCGCCGGGAGGAAGGUGCACAACCCACCUGGCUGAGGCGCAGAAGUGGUUCGCGUGGAAGCCGCCGCCGGGUGUCCCCUCGAGGCUAGGUGCUCGCGGCUCGACCGUGCGAGGGGGCGGGCGCGCGCGGCGCCCCGGGAAGCGGCCGGGGGCCAUCUCCGGUGUUCCGCGUGGCCGCGGCGGCCCCGGGGCGCGGGCUGGACACGACGGAGGAGCGCUGCCGCGGGCUGCGGGCGGACACCGUCCCUGUGGGAAGGGGCCUCUGCUAUGCCCGAGGGGCUCCCGGGCGGGCUCUCCUGGGCGUCCCCGGCCAAGUGGGCGGCGAGCCGGGAGCCGGCGUGGUAGCGGGCGCGGCGCCGCGGCUCGGGGGGCGGCCGUGGCUCGGCGGGGCCCGCGCGGCCGGGGGGCUCCCGGGGGCGUGCGUCCCCGGCCGGCUGCCCUGGUGGAUGCCUCCCGGCGGCGGCGGCGGCGGGCCCAUGAAAGACUGCGAGUACAGCCAGAUCAGCACGCACAGCUCCUCGCCCAUGGAGUCGCCGCACAAGAAGAAGAGGACCGCGGCCCGGAGGAAAUGGGAGGUGUUCCCCGGCAGAAACAAGUUCUUCUGCAACGGCCGGAUCAUGAUGGCCCGGCAGACGGGCGUCUUCUACCUGACGCUCGUGCUUAUCUUGGUCACCAGCGGACUCUUCUUCGCCUUCGACUGCCCAUACCUGGCGGUCAACAUCACCCCUGCCAUCCCCGCGGUUGGUGGUGUCCUGUUCUUCUUCGUGAUGGGGACCCUGCUGCGCACAAGCUUCAGCGACCCCGGAGUCCUCCCGCGAGCCACGCCUGAUGAAGCCGCCGAUCUGGAAAGGCAAAUAGAUAUCGCAAACGGCACCAGUUCAGGGGGGUACCGUCCACCUCCCAGAACCAAAGAAGUCAUCAUCAAUGGCCAGACUGUGAAACUUAAGUAUUGUUUCACCUGCAAGAUCUUCCGGCCCCCUCGCGCCUCUCACUGUAGCCUUUGCGAUAACUGCGUAGAACGGUUUGAUCACCACUGUCCCUGGGUAGGCAACUGUGUGGGGAAAAGAAACUACAGAUUUUUUUAUAUGUUUAUUUUAUCCCUGUCUUUUCUGACAGUCUUUAUAUUUGCAUUCGUUAUCACCCACGUCAUUAUUCGUUCACAGCAAACGGGAUUCCUAAAUGCCCUGAAGGACAGCCCUGCGAGCGUGCUGGAAGCUGUGGUGUGCUUCUUCUCCGUCUGGUCCAUCGUCGGGCUUUCGGGCUUCCACACGUACCUCAUCAGCUCCAACCAGACCACCAACGAGGACAUUAAAGGAUCUUGGUCCAAUAAGAGAGGUAAAGACAACUACAACCCCUACAGCUAUGGGAACAUAUUUACCAACUGCUGUGUUGCCCUGUGUGGACCCAUCUCUCCCAGCCUCAUCGACAGGAGAGGGUACAUCCAGCCCGACACCCCGCAGCCAGCAGCGCCCUCCAAUGGGAUCACCAUGUAUGGCGCCACGCAGUCUCAGAGUGACAUGUGUGACCAGGACCAGUGUAUUCAGAGCACCAAAUUCGUUUUGCAGGCCGCAGCCACGCCUCUGCUGCAGAGCGAGCCCAGCCUCACCAGUGACGAGCUGCACCUGUCAGGGGGAAAGCCCAGCCUGGGCACGCCCUGCGCCAGCCUGACGCUGGGCCAGCCCACACCGCCCUCGUCCAUGCCCAACCUGGCCUCCGAGGCCGCGCUCGCCGACAUCCUGCCCCUGAAGGAGGAGCACAGCGGCCAUCAGUUCCUGACCCCUGACGAGGCGCCCUCACCACGCCCCCUGACCCACAGCCGCACCAUGCACGUGCUGGGCCUGGCCAGCCAGGACGCGCUGCACGAGGACUCGGUGCGUGGCCUGGUGAAGCUGAGUUCUGUGUGAGCCCCAGCACCUGUGCAGGUGACCAGCAGAGGGGACAGCCCCUGGACACAGGCCCAGGGAACCCUGGGACGAGCACAGAUGCUCCGAGCUUGGAUUCAUUUGCUUUCUCUUCCCUACCCUGGGGGCUGUGAUGAACACCAGCGUGGAGGAGUGGCCACAUCCGGGCGUUCGGAGGCUGCAGGAUGGGACCUGACAAGGAGGAACUGAGCGUUGGG